AAAGCAAUAAUCAAGCCUAAUAAAGGUUCGUUCAUCCUUGCUAGUAUGCUGAAGCAUCGUCUCCAAAACCCUAAAGAGUUCAGCGCUGCGUUCAAAUUUACCAUCGCUCCCCCCGCUGCCUUGACCUGAUUCGUACAUCUCAUAAUAUCUGGGUUUCCUUUACCCUUUUUCUUUAAUCUCUUCUCCGAACCCUACUGCAUAGCUUGAUGUCUACCGCAGCCGACAAAAACGCUAAAGUGCCACCCCAAGAAGAAAAUCAUCAAGCGUCGUUGUCAAUGAUGUGGUCGUUACUUAAAAGACUCUUCAAUGAUAUCAUGAGACGAGCUAAAAACAUAAUUUACAGAAACCAAUAUUCUCUGUCUUCAAAAACAAAAAGAAAAAAAUCCAAAACAAAAAAGAAGAAAAAGAAAAAAAAUUCUCUGUCGUCACUACCAAACGAUGUUGUUUUGAAGUGCUUAGCUCGCGUUCCGACUAGCUACGACCGGACCCUGGGUUGUGAUUCUUUGUUGUUGUCACUACCAAACGAUCUUGUUUUGAACUGCUUAGCUCGGGUCCCGACAAGCCACGACCGGACUCUCGCUUGUGUUUGCAAAAACUUCCAAUCUCUUGUGCUUUCAGGUGAGCUUGCGCAGAUGCGGUCCUUACUGGCGGCCAUGAAAGAUGAUCCCCUCUUGUGUGUGUUCUAUAUUGAUUCCACUCGUCGUGGCUGGAGGACGUUUCAUUGGGUCACUUUCAACUCAAAAGAGAAGAAAACAAGUCCUUGGAAGUCAGUUGAUAUUUCAACAAAUCAAAAUAUGCGCACUUGUCCCACUUUAUCCUUAGGUUCUAAGAUCUAUUUCAUCGGUGGAUCGGAUUACGAUGCAGAGUGUUCAUGCGGCUUAGUUAUCUUUGAUUCCCGGUCUGGCAAGCUGAGUAAGGGUCCUAGCAUGAAGGUGGCCCGAAAGGGAGCAGGCGUGGCAGUGGUGGAUGGGAAAAUAUACGUAAUAGGAGGGUGCUGGAACGAGAUCAACCAGGUUGAGGUUUUUGACCCAAAUACUCAAACUUGGGAAUUUGGGCCAUUAGGUCCCCAUGGGAAAAUCACAUACGAGAAAGUAUCCAAGUGGAAUGAAUUUCGUGAAACAGUGGCCCUAGAUGGAAAGGUUUAUGGUAUGAGCUUUUCUAUAUAUCGUCACACAAUCUACGACACAAAAGAUGGUACCUGUGAGAAUCUUGAGCUAUCGCAAGAAUAUACAGAGAAUAUAAUUAAAGCGUGUGUGAUAAACAGUUUGAUCUACGGUUUUUACCAUGAGUUUGGGUUAAUGUGGUAUGAUACGGAAGGGAAGAUAUGGAGAAAGGUUAAAGGUUUGUGUUGUGAUGCGGUGCCAAAUAUGGUGGAAUGCAAUGGGAAACUUGCGUUGCUGUGGGAAGACCGCAACGAGAAGAUUUGGUGUUCGAUGAUCGCUUUGGAUAAGGUUGGAGUAGAGAUCCAUGGAAGGGUCGAGUGGAGUGAGUUCGUGGUUUCUGGUGAUGUCGAUACUUAUGCCUGGUGUUGUCUAGGACUUUCAUUAUAAAUUAUAGUUGAAUAAUAUUAUUGAUGGUGUGAAGAAAUAUGGUGAUUAUUUUUGUUACAUACCGUGUGAGAAUCUUCAGGUUAUCAAAUGUCUCAACCGAGCAGUCGUGCUUGUGAGGACCACCGAUUUGCAUUGUAACUUUUAAUCAUCAAUCUAUUUUCUUACCGGAUGGUGGAUGAAUAUUGAU